CCAAUUCAAAUUAUGGCUUCUGUCCUACCACCAUCCUCCUCCGCCGCCACCACAGCCGUGUCCUCCCCCAUCACUUCCGACACCUCUUCUUUCCUUCCAAGAACAUCCCAACUUUUCAUAGCUGGGAAGCGAAAGCCAAAGUUCAUCUCCAAAGCAGUGUCAUGCAAAGCCACAAAUGGUGAUAAUCAAAACAAGUUCGAUAGAAGAGAUGUCCUCCUCGGCCUUGGAGGUCUCUACGGUGCGGCCACCCUAAACGAUCCGUUGGCAUUCGCGGCGCCGAUUGCCGGUCCCGACAUCACUCAAUGCGGCCGAGCAGACCUUCCUAUGGGUCUGGAAAACCUCAAUUGUUGCCCUCCGGUACGACAGACGACGGAGAUCGUCGAUUUCAAGCUCCCGCCUUUGACCGCCCCAUUGCGCACUAGGCCGGCUGCGCAUUUAGUUACGGAUGAUUUCUUGGCUAAGUUUUCCAAGGCGUUGGAGCUGAUGAAAGCUCUUCCAGCUGAAGAUCCACGAAGCUUCAUGCAACAAGCAAAUGUUCAUUGUGCUUACUGUAAUGGAGCUUAUCACCAAAUUGGAUUCCCAGAUCUUGAUUUUCAAGUUCAUAAUUCAUGGUUUUUCUUCCCUUUCCAUAGAUAUUAUCUUUAUUUCUUUGAAAAAAUCUUGGGGAAUUUGAUUGAUGACCCAACUUUCGCCAUUCCGUUUUGGAACUGGGAUGCUCCGGCCGGCAUGCAAAUGCCUUCAUUCUAUGCAAACCCUAAUUCUCCGUUCUACGAUCGUCUUCGCAACACCGAUCAUCUACCUCCCAAUCUCCUCGAUCUCGAUUUCAAUGGUUCCGACGAGAGUUCGUCGAGUAAUGAUCAGAUUUCGAGUAACCUUAGCGUCAUGUAUCGACAAAUGGUGUCUAAUGGAAAAACCGCUAGGCUUUUCCUAGGGAAUGCUUACCGUGCCGGCGACGAACCGGACCCCGGUGCCGGUUCUCUUGAGAACAUCCCUCACGGACCGGUCCACAUUUGGUGCGCUGACGAUAGACAACCGAAUUUCGAAAACAUGGGUAACUUCUAUUCGGCUGCGAGAGACCCUAUUUUCUUCGCGCAUCACUCGAAUGUGGACCGGAUGUGGGCCGUUUGGAAGACGUUGGGAGGGAGACGAACCGACUUCACCGACUCGGAUUGGCUCAACUCGGCCUUCCUUUUCUACGACGAAAACGCGAAUCUUGUUCGUGUUAAGGUGCGAGAUUGUCUCGACACUAGAAAAUUAAGAUAUGAGUAUCAAAACGUUGAUAUUCCCUGGCUAGCCAGUAAACCAACUCCCGCAAGGACUAUGAGUAAAACGAAAAGAGCCCUCGCCGGAGUUGCAAAUGCAGCCGAGACAAAGAGAAAGAUCAUAACCAACGUCGAGUUCCCUCUUGUUUUAAACAACCAUGUUAGCCUCGAAGUUGCGAGGCCAAAGAAAUUAAGGAGCAAGAGAGCCAAAGAAGAGGAAGAAGAAGUGUUGGUGAUCAAAAACAUCGAGUUCGACCCGCAACAAGCGCUGAAAUUCGACGUCUACAUCAACGACGAAGACGACAUGGAGAUCGGACCGCACAACACGGAGUUUGCCGGGAGCUUCGUCAAUGUGCCACAUAAACAUAAACAUAAACAUGGGAAGAAAAUCAACACAUCAUUGAGGUUAGGGCUGACGGACUUGUUGGAGGAAUUGGAUGUUGAGGGUGAUGAUGCUAUUGUUGUCACUUUGGUGCCUAGAUUUGGUAAGGGUUUUGCUAAGAUUGGUGGCAUCAAGAUUGAGUUUGCUCGAGAUUGAUCCAUUAGUGUCAUUUUUUCGAACACAAAUUUGUUUAUCGUCACAUUUU